GCAUAUAUAAAACCACAAACUAAUCACUCCACUAAUUAACACCCAUGCAAAUGCAACAAAUCCAAAUACAAAAUUCUCAUGCCCCACACGUCUAACCUCCACUAUAUAUUUCCCAAUCGAUCCAUCAAUAAUUGAGGCAAUUAACAACACACACAUAUAUAAAUUAACGUAAUGAAAUGAAGUUGUUAAGCUAGCAAAUGUUGAGAAAUGGAGUCAGUAUACUUAGUAAUGGCGAUGGGUGUGAUGAUAGUGUUUGGAGUUUUAGGAGAGGGGGAUUUGAAGACAGGUUUCUACUCUUCUUCAUGUCCAACAUCUGAGUCGAUCGUGCGCUCCACAGUGGAGAAGUAUUUCGACAAAGACCCCACUCUUGCUGCUGCCUUGCUUAGGCUCCAUUUUCAUGAUUGUUUUGUUCAAGGCUGCGACGCCUCGGUUCUGAUCGAGUCUGCGUCUGCGGAGAGAAAAGCACUGCCUAAUCUGGGCUUGAGAGGCUUCCAAGUCAUCCAUGAUGCUAAGUCUCAGCUCGAGGCCGCCUGCCCCGGCGUCGUCUCCUGUGCUGAUAUCUUGGCACUCGCUGCUCGUGACGCUGUCGAUUUGAGCGGCGGCCCAAGAUGGGGAGUGCCGACGGGAAGAAGAGACGGUCGCGUUUCUUUGUCGUCCGAUGCAUCCAACUUACCCGGCCCUCUGGACUCCGUUGCGGUCCAGAGGCGGAAGUUUGCAGCCAAAGGCCUAGAUGAGCAUGAUCUUGUCACACUAGUUGGAGCACACACAAUAGGGCAAACAGACUGUCUCUUCUUUCGUUAUCGACUCUACAACUUCACCACAUCGGGGACUGCAGAUCCCACCAUUACGCAAACCUUCCUACAACAGCUGCAAACUCUCUGCCCCGAAGAGGGCGACGCCUCGCGAAGAGUGGCUCUGGACAAAGACAGCCAGCUGAAAUUCGACGUGAGCUUCUUCAAGAAUGUUCGAGAUGGCUACGGCAUUCUGGAGUCGGACCAGAGGCUAUGGGGCGAGGCGUCGACGCGACGAGUGGUGGAGAACUAUGCGGGGAAUGUGAGAGGCUUGCUUGGUGUUAGGUUCAAUUUUGAGUUCCCAAAAGCUAUGAUCAAAAUGAGCAGCAUUGAGGUCAAGACUGGUACGCAAGGGGAGAUCAGAAAGAUAUGUUCCAAAUUUAAUUAAUUUCAUCCAAUGCUUUAAUCAUGUAAUUUUAGUAUGUUGUUUUAAUCUUCAAAUUUUAAUACAACUAAUACAAUGAAUUAAAA